AUGGGAGAUCACCUGGAGCUUGUCUUAGGAGUGGUGCUCAUGGUCAGUCCGGUGCUUGGAAUUUCUCCCUGCUCCUCCGACGGUCGGAUCGCCUUAUAUCGUUUCUGCAACCUCACCCAGGUGCCCAACGUCCCCAACACCACCGAGAACCUCCUGCUAAGCUUCAACUAUAUCAAGACCGUGGCAGCCUCCUCCUUUCCCUUCCUAGAACAGCUACACCUGCUGGAGCUCGGGAGUCAGUUCACCUCCCUCACUAUUCACGAAGAAGCCUUCAGAAACCUGCCUAAUCUUCAAGUCUUGGACUUGGGCAAGAGUCAGCUGGACUUCCUGCACCCAGAUGCUUUUCAGGGGCUGCCUCAUCUGUUCGAACUUAGACUCUUUGGCUGCGGUCUCUCCGAUGCUGUGUUAAAAGAUGGUUAUUUCAGAAACUUAGAGUCUUUAUCUCGCCUGGACCUAUCCAUGAAUCGUAUUCAUAACCUUUCCCUUCAUCCUUCGUUCCGGGAAUUAAAUUCCUUGAAGUCCAUUGACUUUUUCCUCAAUCAAGUGCCCGUUGUGUGUGAGCAUGACCUCCAGCCCCUCCAGGGGAAAACUCUCAGCUCCUUGAGACUUGCUUCUAAUCACCUAUACAGCAGGGUGUCAGUGGACUGGGGGAGGUGUAUGAACCCAUUCAGAAACAUGGUGCUGGAGACCUUAGAUGUCUCGAACAAUGGCUGGACCGUGGACAUCACAGGUAACUUCAGCAAUGCCAUUCGUGGCAGUCAGGUUUCCAAUCUGGUUCUUGCCCAUCACACUAUGGGGGCUGGAUUUGGCUUCCAUAACAUCAAAGAGCCCAACCAGAACACAUUCGCCGGCUUGGCCAGCAGCUCAGUGAGACGUCUGGACCUUUCGCACGGAUUUAUCUUCUCCCUGUACUCCCGACUCUUUGAGACCCUCACAGAGUUGAAGCUUCUGAACAUUGCCCAUAACAAGAUAAACAAGAUUGCAGAGGAGGCAUUUUAUGGGCUCAACAACCUCCAAGUUCUUAAUAUGUCAUAUAACCUUCUUGGGGAACUAUACAAUUCUAACUUCCGUGGACUACCUAAUGUCACCUACAUCGAUCUGCAAAAGAAUCACAUUGGGAUCAUUCAGGACAAUACAUUCACAAUCCUGAAAAGAUUACAGACCUUAGACCUCCGGGAUAAUGCUCUGAACACGAUUUAUUUUAUCCCAAACAUAUCUACUAUCUUCUUGGGUGGCAAUAAACUGGUGACUUUGCCAGGCAUCAAACUCACAGCCAACUUUAUCCAAUUAUCAGAGAACAAGCUGGAAAGUCUGGAUGAUCUCUACUUCCUUCUCCAGUUCCCUCACCUUCAGAUCCUCAUUUUAAAUCAAAAUCGUCUGUCCUCUUGUACCCAAAAUCAUGCCCCUGUGGAGAGUCUCAGCUUAGAACAGCUUUUCCUUGGAGAAAAUAUGUUGCAACUUGCCUGGGAGACGGGGUCCUGCUGGGAUAUUUUCAAGGGGCUUUCCCGCCUCCAGGUCCUGUACUUGAAUAAUAACUACCUGAAUUUCCUUCCACCAGGAGUAUUUAGCUCUCUGGUUGCAUUAAGGGUACUCAGUCUCAACUCCAACAAGCUGACAGUUCUUUCUCCUGGCGAUUUACCUCCUAAUUUAGAGAGGCUGGAUGUGUCUAGAAACCAGCUCCUAUCUCCGGAUCCUAAGAUAUUUGCAUCACUUAGCUUCGUGGACAUAACUCACAACAAGUUCAUCUGCGAGUGCGAACUUAGUACCUUUAUCAGGUGGCUCAACCAAACCAAUGUCACCAUAUUUGGGUCUCAUGCGGACAUAUAUUGCAUGUACCCUGACUCACUCGCUGGGACUUCCCUCUACUCUCUGUCCACAGAGGGUUGUGAUGAAGAGCAAAGCUUACAGUCCCUAAAGUUCUCAUUUUUCAUCUUAUUCACUAUCAUGUUGAUUCUAUUCCUCAUGACCGUCCUCAUAGUCACAAAGUGCCAGGGGGCUUGUUUCCUCUGUUACAAGACAGCCCAGAGACUGGUGUGCAAAGACCAAACCGAGACGAGAGAAUCUGACACAUACAAAUAUGAUGCCUACUUGUGCUUCAGCGGCAAAGACUUUGAGUGGGUGCAGAAUGCUUUGCUGAAGCCCCUGGACACUCAGUACAGCAACCAAAACAGACUGAAACUGUGCUUUGAAGAAAGAGACUUUAUGCCGGGAGAAAACCGCAUCUCCAACAUCCACGAUGCCGUGUGGAGCAGCAGGAAGACAGUCUGCCUUGUGAGCAGACACUUCCUCAGAGACGGCUGGUGCCUGGAAGCCUUCAGUUACGCCCAGAGCAGGGGCCUCGCUGCCCUCGACAGAGCGCUCAUCAUGGUGGUGGUCGGGUCCUUGCCCCAGUACCAGCUGAUGAAACAUGAGUCCAUCAGAGGAUUUGUACAGAAGCAGCAGUACCUCAGGUGGCCUGAGGAUCUCCAGCAUGUUGACUGGUUUCUUCAUAAACUCUCUCAACACAUACUAAAAAAAGGAAAGGAAAAGAAGAAAGACAAUAUUCCGUUGCAAUUUAUAGCAACCAGCUAACUUCCUCAAAGGGGU